AUGUUUGGCCUGUGUUUAGUAUUUGUUGUGCUUAGCACGUUACAUUUAACAUUGGCAAAUGAUGAUCCAUCUCUCAAUCAAUUUCGCGGUCAUAUUUUAAAAAACAAUGGAAAAUAUGAAAUAGUUACAUCAUU